CUUCCCUCCCCUGGCCCAUCUCGCUGCCCCGACGGCCCAACCCCGUUACUCGUCUUCCUCCUCGAGCGAGCGCCGCCACCCCCUCACUCACCGUCCCGCUGCCGAGCGCCCCAGCCCCUCGCUCCGUCGCUCGUCUUCCUCCUCGUGCGAGCGCCUCCACCGCAGCAAUGGCAGCGCAAGCAGGAACCCCAGCUACUCCUCUUUUAAGUCCCCAAGUAGUAGAUCGGUUCUGUAUUUGUUGAGCAAUAUUAUCGCAUUCAACACGCAACACCAGAUCAGGUGCAUAAGUUUUACCAAGACAUAAGUAGGAUUGGCCGAGCAGGUUCUGAUGGAGCUAUGGGAUAUGUAACAACAUUGCCUGAGAUCAACAAAAAAAUUAUGUCUAUGGAUUUCAGUCAAUACUUAACAGAGAUAGAGACUGCCGAUUCAGUGUUAUCCCACAAUGGUGGUGUGCUCAUUGUUGUUACUGGAUCGUUAACGUCUUCUGACGUUUGUCAAAGAUUUACACAGUCAUUUUUCCUUGCGCCACAAGAAAGUGGUGGCUAUUUUGUUCUCAACGAUAUAUUGAGAUUCAUAUCGGCAAGGAGUGAAGGAAAUGGAAGAAAUCAGAAGGCUGGAUCUGUUACUGAAUCAGUAGCAGAUCCUACUCCAGCUGUUAUGGUGGAGCAUAUGAUCCCUGACAGUGUGGUAGUGGAGAGUAAUGUUGCAGAUGGGGAAGUUCUGAAACCUGCUGUUAGUGGCCCAGCUGUUGAAAACAACCAUGGUGUUAGUGGCCCAGCUGUUGAAAACAACUGCGGUGUUAGUGGCCCAGUUGCUGAAAACAACCGCAGUGUUAGUGGCCCAGCUGUUGAAAAUAACCCCACUGUUAAUGGCACAACGGUUGAAAAUAAUGUUAGUGUUGAGUCACCUGUGAAAUUUACAAAAAAAGAGGAUCCUAAAAAGACCCGUAUUGCUGCUUCUACCCCUCCACCAAACCAGAUGGAUGUUACCAAGAAGACUUACGCAUCGAUUGUGAAGUUCACGAAGGAGGGCCCACCAAUUCCAUUUGCCAAACCGAAACCACCUCCUAAACCUGUGACGAAACCUCUGACCAAGGCUGUUGAAGCUUCAGAUAAACCUUCUGUAAAAGCUCUGCAGGUUGCUGAAAUCACUCAAGAUGACAUGAAUGUUACCAAAAACAGCACUUCUCAUGAUGGACAAGGCUAUUCGAUUUUCAUCAAGGGCUUGCCUUUCAAUUCUGCUGUUGAAAUGGUUGAGGAAGAGUUUAAGAGAUUUGGUGGAAUCAAGCCAGGUGGCAUCCAAGUUAGGAACAAUAAGUUUGAUCGGUUCUGCUUUGGAUUUGUUGAAUUUGAAUCCCAGCAAUCUAUGCAAGCAGCAAUUAAGGCAUCUCCGAUUUAUAUUAAUGAGAACAAAAUAAGUGUUGAGGAGAAACGAACCGCUACACGUGUUGUGAAUGGCGUUGUCACGAAUGCUAGCAGAGGUGGCCGUUUUCAGUCUGGCAGGGCUGCCCACCGUGGGGAUAAUUUCAGAGGACAGGGAGGUGGCUACGUGAACAAUGGAAACUAUCAGGGUGGUGAUAACUUCAGGAGGAAGGACGGCGAUAACUUCAACCGGAGGGAUGACAGCGAUAACUUCAACAGGCCGAACGAAUUCCGAAACCGCAAUGAGUUUACUGGUCGUGGACGAGGACCGCUCCAUGGGAAUGGCUAUCAUCACAAUGGGAAUGGCUUUCAUCAGCCACGGCCGUUGCAGAACGAGAAUGGGAGAUACACCCGUGUCAACGUCCCAAAGCAAACAUCGGUUGCUGCAUAGAGGCCCUCUCUAGAGGAGCGUUGUUUCUGACGACAGCAGGGAAUUACUUGUUACCGUUUGCUAGAAUUUGGUAGCACUGGUCGUUUGUGGUGGUGAAUUUUGUUGAUGGUUAACGUCAAUUAUUGGUUGGUGGUGAUGCGAACAUCGAACUAUGUCGAUCUUUACUGGAAAAGCGUAUCAUUCAUGUUUAUCUGUCUUUCUCGGAAAUUAUCGUAUGGAGCUGAAAAAACAUUUCUUAUA